AUGCAGCCCUCCGUCAAAGUACCUCAGGAGUACCCAAGCUCUUUCAAAGGCGACUUCAUACAUCGCAGUCGCCCGAGAGCAGACUCACCUACUUUCGUCAACAGGGUUGUCAGCAAGCUGCUCGCCAUCAUGGAAGUAAAGCACGACGACAAGAGCCCUACACAGGGCCAGGCACAGGAAGUCGAAACUGUAUCGCCGAGCACUGAGGUCUCCUCGGGUGAGAAGUUCCCGCGGCCAGAUGUCUACCAAGAGAGCGGAGUCCAUCACACGAUGAACUUCCAGCUCUUCAUGGGCCUAACAGCAAUGAGCUUCCUCUGGGUUGGAUCGCAGAUUCCAUUGUACCUCUUCGGCAGUGUACUGCCUCGGAUCUAUCAGGACAUUGGAGGUGUCGACCGCUAUACUUGGUUCGUGAUAGGAUAUCUGAUUCCGAACGCCGCAUUGUGUCCAUUCGUUGGCGCGUUGUCCGAUCUCUUCGGGAGGCGCUAUGUCGCAGCUGGCGGGCAGAUCGCUCUCAUUGUUGGGCCCAUCAUUACGGCUACCGCUACGACGAUGAACACAGCCAUUGGCGGUCAAGUAUUCUCCGGCCUGGGCGCCGGCCUGAACGAACUGAUAGCUCUCGCUGGUACUGCUGAGAUGGUGCCUGUCGCUAAGCGUGGCACUUAUGUCGGGCUGGUUGUACUGACUAUUCUCCCAUUCUGUCCAUCGGUCAUCUAUGCGCAACUUAUUGCCGAGGCAAGCAAUUGGCGAUAUAAUGGCAUCCUUGUCUGCGUCUGGAACUUUCUGGGACUGCUAUUCGUCUGGUUCUUCUACAAGGACCCGCCCAAGCCUGCAAACGUGCUGUCGAGGAAGGAGAUCUUGAGCCAGGUCGACUACAUUGGCGGCGCCCUCAGCAUUGGUGGUGUGCUGUGCUUCAUGAUGGGCAUGCAGUGGGGCGGUAAUCAGUAUCCAUGGAGCAGUGCACACGUACUGGCGCCAUUCAUUCUCGGCAUCAUCAUGAUUGUCGCCUUCUUCGUCUACGAAAUCUGGAUCGCUAAGUAUCCUAUGUGCCCGCCCAAGCUCUUCACCAAGGCGAAACGGACAACAAUCAUCAUCCUGCUCAUAACAUUCUUCUCUGGCGGCAACUUCUUUGUCCUCCUGUUGUUCUGGCCAACACAAAUCUACAACGUAUACGGAGAUGAUCCCGUCGGCGUCGGCAUCCGCUCACUGCCGAUCGGGUUCGGCAUCAUUGGAGGAGCGGUGGUUGCCUUGAUCCUGAUCCCCAUCACGGGCGGGCGCAUCAAGAUGAUUUUCAUCAUCGCGACGGCCAUGAUGACGGCUUUCUGCGGCGCGAUCUCCAUCUCCACGCCUCACAACUUGGGCGUCAUGUACGUGCUUGUGACAUUUGCAUCUUUUGGAGUGGGAGGAGUGAUCAUACCGAGCAGUAUCAUCGCACAAAUUUGUUGUCCUAGUGAUUUGAUUGCGACCAUCACGGCGAUUACUUUGGCGAUUCGGUAUAUUGGGGGCGCGAUUGGAUAUACGGCGUAUUACAAUAUCUUCUACCACUACUUCACAAGGUACGCGACCGACAUUGUCGCCACGAAGGCCAUCAUUCUGCAAGGCAUCGUCAGCCCAGCAUACAUCCCUCUUGUCGAAGAGUUGACGCUGUUGGUUGCGAAUGCUCAAUUUGUCGAGCUUCGUGAGCUCAUUGCUAGUGACGACAGGAUUAUGCGGAAGGAUGAGGCGGAGGGCAUCAUCAUUGCUGCUGCGCAGGAGGCGUUCGCGUUGGGGUAUAGGUAUCCUUACUGGAUGAGUAUUGCCUUUGGCAGCAUCUGCCUGAUCUUAGCAUUCUUCCUCAACGACAUCAAGGAGUUGCUGAGUAUGGAGGUGGCCGCCAAUGUGGACCCGAGGGAGACAGAGGCUAACCCCUUGUCGUCCACCAUGCUCGCCAUUCGCCGCAGCGCUCUGCGCAUUUUAUCGUCUUCACCUUCAGCUUUCGCAUAUAAACCGCGGACCAUCACCUCAUUAUCACAGUCAUACCUGAAAGCAAAGCCAGCAGCAUCACUCUCUGGCUUCCAGCGAAGAUGGGCUUCUGGUGAAGCCGCAGCCGAGGAGGAGGCGCCAAUCUCGAAACUGCAGCCAACGCCGCAAGAAGAGGUCGAGAACGCCAUUCACGAAGAUGAGGCAAAGCCAGAAGAUACCCCGGCCGAGGCCAGUGGCACCGACGCCGUUGUACAAGAAAUCGUCGAAGAUGCGCCCGCGUCAGAGACGGCCGCUGUCGAUGCCGACGUUGAAGCUACUCCCAUUCCCUCCGAGCCUCCUGCGCCUGCCUCUCAGGCAGAAUCUCAGGGAGGAUGGAGUCCUGGUCCCAGGGCUGCACGUUUGGACGAGUCACCGGCGGACAAAAUGAAGCGCAUUGCUGAGCCUAAGCGGACUGUCUACAUCGGCAACCUCUUCUUUGAUGUUACCGAGGACGACCUGAAGAAAGAGCUCAUCCGCUUUGGUCCUAUUGAGCAACUCCGGCUGCUGCGCGAUGGUCGCGGUCUCAGCAAAGGCUUCGGCUACGUCGAUUUCGAAACCAUCGAAGCAGCCACCGCCGCCAUCAAUGCUCUGCACCAACAGGUCUACGAAGGCCGUCGCCUAGUCGUCCAGUACGCCGCCUACACCACCCAAUCGGCCCGCGACGCUCGAGCAUCCCGCAUGAACUCCGACGACUCACCGAGAAACCCGCCCUCAAAGACGCUCUUCAUCGGGAACAUGUCGUACGAGAUGACUGAUCGCGAUCUCAAUAACCUGUUCCGAGGCAUCCGCAAUGUCGUUGACGUCCGCGUGGCCAUUGAUCGGAGAACGGGCCAGCCGAGGGGUUUUGCACAUGCUGAUUUCAUUGAUGUUAAGAGUGCUCAGGAGGCAUUGAAGACCUUGUCUACAAAGGAGACGUAUGGGCGGAAGUUGCGGCUUGAUUACAGUUUUGGCAAUAGCAGUGCGGCGAGGAAUGAGCAGCAGCCCCCUCCGACUUCAUGA